UCAAACUUCCAAAUUUUAUUAGACAAAAUUCCAGUGUAUAUUACAACUCAAUAAUAUUAUGUCUGAAAAAUGGAUUUCACGAAUUAUUGGUUCUAAUAUCGGACCAUAUUUCUUUAAAGGCACAAAAAAUCAUUUCUUUACGCUCAGAUUUUACAAGAGAAACUAUUGUGUUAUACCAAUUGUAAUGCUUGCCGUUUGUGACAUGUGCUGGGUCACAUUUUGUACCGUGCAGUGUUUUAUAAGAACAAACAUUGUUGCAACGAGGUGGGACAGGCGAGAUCGAGACAAGUUAGAGCUUCUGAUACAACCGAAAAAUAGGAAGUUCUUGACAAUUAAUCAAACAUAUCCUGUACAGCAAGACCUCUAUGAAACUUACAGAGAUAUGAUGUGUGAAGAAGAAAGAAGAAGAGGAGAAUGUAACGAAAGAGAGAGUAAAUGUAAAGAAAAACCGGAAUGAUAAUUUCACAAACCAUCUAAUAGAAGAAGUAAAUUAAAACGUAAAAACCCCGAGAAAAAUUUUAACGAAUUAAAUAAAGAGAAGAAAUAUAUAAGAGGUGACAAAGUCUCAAUGAAAUAAAAGUAAUAAAGCACAACUAAAAGAAUUAAAAUAAAAAACGAAACAAAAAUAAUGAACGGAAAUCGAAGAUACAUAAAAAUACCCCUACCUACUUCAACGCAUGAUCCAAAAAUAAUUUAUAAAUAAGAAAAAUGGAGAAAACUACAGCGAAAUUACGACAAAAAUAACGAAGAAGAAGGGACAAUAAAAUAAAGAAACUCUUACGUUUGUUGUUUCAACAAAUCGACAAAGCAAUCAAAGAAAAUAAACAGAACUAGUAAAUUAGUAAUGAAAAAAAAUAAUGAAGGUAAACAAUGAAGUAUAAAAUGACAAAAGGACGAAAUAGACACACCGAAACUAAAUUCAGUUAAAUAGAUUGACACGCUUACAAUUAAUGGUAAAGAAAAGUAAAAUUAAAAAGAAAAGCAAAAUAAAAUUAAAUUAAAAAGAAAAAAAUAGAAUAAAAAAGAAAAAUAUUCAUAAUGAAGUAAAAUUGCGGUGGGAUAGCGGUAAUCAGUUUACAAUAAAAUAUUUCAAACAUA